AUGGAACAAUACGAUGUCGCCGUAGCUGGUCUCGGUGCCCUCGGCAGCGCCGCAGCUUACCAUGCUUCCAUCAAAGGCGCCCGAGUUGUCGGCUUCGAGCAAUUCGAGCUGGGUCACGUUCACGGCGCUUCGCACGAUACUUCACGCAUUGUCAGAACCUCAUAUGGGUCUCCCGAGUUCGUCGCCCUCGCUCGGUCAGCUUACAAAGACUGGGCCGAGCUGGAGAGGCGGUCGGGGAUGAAGAUGUUGACUAUCACGGGAGGCGUUGUCUUUCUCCCACAGAAGGGACCGACGCCAUCGAGUGACUUUACUACUAGUCUCGAUGCCAACGAUGUCCCCCAUGAGCUUCUUACGCCCGAGGAGACCAACAAAAGAUGGCCUGGGUUCAAUGUCCCUCAGGGAGCUGAUACUGUCUUUACCCCUGAUUCGGGCAUUGUUCACGCCGCAAAGGCUGUCAUGACGCUCGAGUUCCAGGCUCGCUUCAACGGCGCCAUUCUCAGGGAGAACACACACGUCGAGGCUGUGACGCCCCAGCCCAGCGGAGGCGUAGCGAUUGAAACGUCUCAAGGCGUCUAUCACGCUCGCAAGGUCAUCAUCGCUGCUGAUGCAUGGACGAACAAGCUCCUCAAGCCACUCGGCGUUGAGCUCCCCAUCACCGUCAUGCAGGAGCAGGUAACCUACUUCAAGCCCUCUCGCGAGCAUGAAGCACAGUUUGCAAACGACAAGUUCCCCGCUGGCCAAGACGCUGGAAUAAACGACAUGGAUCCUGAAGAGCGUACCUGGCGGCCCUCAGAGAGACUGAGCAACAAGCUCAACGGAUUUCUGGAUAGGCUCAUUCCCAAGCGAGGCGAUGAGCUGAGAACCGUCACCUGCCAAUACACAAUCACGCCGGAUCGACAGUUCAUCAUCAGCGAGUUAGAGAAGCACAAGGAUGUUAUUCUCGCUCUCGGUAAUGCCCAUGCCUUCAAGUUUGCUCCGGCUAUCGGCCGAGUUACUGCUGAGCUUGCAUUGGAUGGGAAGACAACUGAUGACAUAUCAAAGUUUGGGUUUCCCAAGACAACACCCAGCAAACUGUAG